AUGCGCAGUGGGUGUGGCAUCUCUGCUGUGUUCAGUCUGGACUGUGGCUGGGUGAUGGACAGAUUUGCCCCGGCUCACCUGGAUGAUGAAGUGGUUCUGCAGUGUACCGCAACCAUCCACAAAGAACAACAGAAACUAUGUUUGGCAGCAGAAGGAUUUGGCAACAGACUUUGUUUCUUAGAGUCCACUUCCAAUUCCAAGAAUGUGCCCCCGGAUCUGUCCAUCUGCACCUUUGUGCUGGAGCAGUCCCUCUCRGUGCGGGCCCUGCAGGAGAUGCUGGCUAACACGGUGGAGAAGUCGGAAGGGCAAGUUGAUGUGGAAAAAUGGAAAUUCAUGAUGAAGACUGCUCAAGGUGGUGGCCACAGGACACUCCUCUAUGGGCAUGCCAUCCUGCUGCGCCAUUCCUACAGCGGCAUGUAUCUGUGCUGCCUCUCCACCUCGAGGUCUUCAACUGAUAAGCUGGCUUUUGACGUUGGCCUGCAGGAGGACACCACAGGUGAGGCCUGUUGGUGGACUAUACAUCCAGCCUCGAAGCAGCGAUCAGAAGGAGAAAAAGUACGGGUUGGAGAUGACCUCAUCCUAGUUAGUGUGUCCUCUGAGCGGUACUUGCACUUGUCUUACGGCAAUGGCAGCCUGCAUGUGGACGCAGCCUUCCAGCAGACCCUGUGGAGCGUGGCGCCCAUCAGCUCAGGAAGUGAAGCAGCCCAAGGGUAUCUGAUUGGUGGUGAUGUCCUCAGGUUGCUGCACGGACACAUGGAUGAAUGUCUCACUGUCCCUUCAGGAGAACAUGGCGAGGAGCAACGGAGAACUGUUCACUAUGAAGGCGGUGCUGUCUCUGUUCACGCACGGUCCCUUUGGAGACUAGAGACGCUAAGAGUUGCGUGGAGUGGGAGUCACAUAAGAUGGGGCCAGCCGUUCCGACUACGCCACGUCACGACAGGAAAAUACUUAAGUCUCAUGGAAGACAAAAGCCUUCUACUUAUGGACAAAGAAAAGGCAGAUGUAAAAUCGACUGCAUUUACCUUCCGGUCUUCCAAGGAAAAGCUUGACGUGGGGGUGAGGAAAGAGGUUGAUGGCAUGGGAACAUCUGAGAUAAAAUACGGUGACUCGGUAUGCUACAUACAACACGUGGACACGGGCCUGUGGCUUACCUACCAGUCGGUGGAUGUGAAAUCCGUGAGAAUGGGGUCCAUACAACGUAAGGCUAUUAUGCACCACGAAGGCCACAUGGACGAUGGUUUAAACUUGUCCAGAUCUCAGCACGAAGAAUCACGAACAGCCCGAGUCAUCCGGAGCACUGUCUUCCUUUUCAAUAGAUUCAUAAGGGGCCUGGAUGCUCUCAGCAAGAAAGCGAAGGCUCCUGUGGUCGACCUACCCAUCGAGUCUGUGAGCCUGAGUCUGCAGGACCUCAUUGGCUACUUCCAUCCUCCUGAUGAGCACUUGGAGCAUGAGGACAAGCAGAACAGGCUGCGUGCCCUGAAGAAUCGGCAGAACCUCUUCCAGGAAGAGGGAAUGAUCAGCCUUGUUCUGGAGUGCAUCGACCGACUGCACGUCUAUAGCAGUGCCGCACACUUUGCCGACGUCGCUGGGCGAGAAGCUGGGGAAUCCUGGAAAUCCAUCCUGAACUCUCUAUAUGAGUUGCUGGCGGCUCUAAUUAGAGGAAAUCGUAAAAACUGUGCUCAGUUUUCUGGCUCCCUCGACUGGCUGAUCAGCAGAUUGGAAAGACUAGAAGCUUCCUCAGGUAUUCUUGAAGUUCUACACUGUGUGUUAGUGGAAAGUCCAGAAGCGCUAAAUAUUAUUAAAGAAGGACAUAUUAAAUCUAUUAUCUCACUUUUAGAUAAGCAUGGGAGAAAUCAUAAAGUCCUGGAUGUCUUGUGUUCACUCUGUGUUUGCCAUGGGGUCGCCGUCCGGUCUAACCAGCAUCUCAUCUGUGACAAUCUCCUGCCAGGACGUGAUCUUUUACUGCAGACUCGUCUUGUGAACCAYGUUAGCAGCAUGAGGCCCAACAUCUUCCUGGGCGUCAGUGAAGGGUCUGCUCAGUAUAAAAAGUGGUACUAUGAGCUCAUGGUGGACCACACUGAGCCCUUCGUGACAGCGGAAGCGACUCACCUGAGAGUGGGCUGGGCUUCCACCGAGGGGUACUCGCCUUACCCCGGAGGGGGCGAGGAGUGGGGCGGCAAUGGCGUUGGUGAUGACCUCUUCUCCUACGGGUUUGAUGGCCUUCAUCUCUGGUCAGGUUGUAUUGCCCGCACUGUAAGCUCACCAAACCAGCACCUGCUGAGAACUGAUGAUGUCAUCAGUUGCUGUUUAGAUCUAAGUGCCCCCAGCAUCUCAUUCCGAAUUAACGGACAGCCUGUUCAAGGAAUGUUUGAGAAUUUCAACAUUGAUGGCCUCUUCUUUCCAGUUGUUAGUUUCUCUGCAGGAAUAAAGGUUCGCUUUUUGCUUGGGGGGCGACAUGGAGAAUUCAAAUUCCUUCCUCCACCUGGGUAUGCUCCUUGUUACGAAGCUGUUCUGCCCAAGGAAAAGCUGAAAGUGGAGCACAGCAGGGAGUACAAGCAGGAGAGGACAUACACGCGAGACCUGCUGGGCCCCACGGUGUCCCUGACACAAGCCGCCUUCACACCAAUCCCCGUGGACACCACCCAGAUUGUGUUGCCUCCUCACCUGGAAAGGAUAAGAGAAAAACUGGCAGAGAAUAUCCAUGAGUUGUGGGUUAUGAAUAAAAUCGAACUUGGCUGGCAGUAUGGUCCGGUUAGAGAUGACAAUAAGAGACAGCACCCGUGUCUGGUGGAGUUCUCCAAGCUGCCUGAACAGGAGCGCAAUUACAACUUACAGAUGUCGCUCGAGACCCUCAAGACUUUGUUGGCACUGGGAUGUCACGUGGGUAUAGCGGAUGAACAUGCUGAAGAAAAGGUGAAAAAAAUGAAGCUCCCCAAGAAUUACCAGCUGACAAGUGGAUACAAGCCUGCCCCAAUGGACCUGAGCUUUAUAAAGCUCACUCCAUCUCAGGAAGCAAUGGUGGACAAGUUGGCAGAAAAUGCUCACAAUGUAUGGGCCCGGGAUCGAAUUCGGCAGGGCUGGACUUACGGCAUCCAGCAGGAUGUAAAGAACAGAAGAAACCCUCGCCUUGUGCCCUACACCCUCCUGGAUGACAGAACCAAGAAAUCAAACAAGGACAGCCUGCGUGAGGCCGUGCGCACGCUGCUGGGCUACGGCUACAACCUGGAAGCCCCGGAUCAAGAACACGCUGCCAGAGCUGAGGUGUGCAGCGGCACCGGGGAGAGGUUCCGCAUCUUCCGCGCAGAGAAGACCUACGCAGUGAAGGCGGGCCGCUGGUAUUUUGAAUUUGAGGCGGUCACUGCAGGAGACAUGAGGGUCGGCUGGAGCAGGCCGGGGUGUCAACCUGACCAGGAGCUGGGCUCGGAUGAGCGCGCCUUCGCCUUCGAUGGCUUCAAGGCCCAGCGGUGGCACCAGGGCAAUGAACACUACGGGCGCUCCUGGCAGGCAGGCGAUGUUGUGGGUUGCAUGGUUGACAUGAACGAACACACCAUGAUGUUCACGCUUAAUGGCGAAAUCCUGCUGGACGAUUCAGGUUCCGAACUGGCUUUUAAGGACUUCGAUGUUGGUGAUGGAUUCAUCCCAGUGUGUAGCCUUGGGGUGGCUCAAGUGGGCAGGAUGAACUUCGGAAAGGAUGUCAGCACCUUGAAGUACUUCACCAUUUGUGGCUUACAAGAGGGCUACGAACCGUUUGCUGUUAAUACAAACAGAGACAUUACCAUGUGGCUGAGCAAGAGGCUCCCUCAGUUUCUCCAGGUUCCAUCAAACCAUGAACAUAUUGAGGUAACCAGAAUAGAUGGCACCAUAGACAGCUCCCCGUGUCUCAAGGUCACUCAGAAGUCCUUUGGCUCCCAGAACAGCAGCACCGACAUCAUGUUUUACCGCCUGAGCAUGCCCAUCGAGUGCGCUGAGGUCUUCUCCAAGACUGUGGCUGGGGGGCUCCCGGGUGCUGGCCUGUUUGGGCCCAAGAAUGAGUUGGAGGACUAUGAUGAUUCUGACUUUGAGGUUCUGAUGAAGACAGCUCAUGGCCAUCUGGUUUCUGACCGGGGUGACAAAGAUAAAGAAGCUUCAAAGCCGGAGUUUAAUAACCACAAGGACUACGCUCAGGAGAAGCCCUCUCGUCUGAAACAGAGAUUUUUGCUUAGAAGAACAAAGCCAGAUUAUAGCACCAGCCACUCCGCAAGGCUGACGGAAGAUGUCCUUGCUGAUGACAGGGACGACUAUGACUUCCUGAUGCAGACUUCCACGUACUACUACUCAGUGAGAAUCUUUCCCGGACAAGAACCUGCUAACGUCUGGGUGGGCUGGAUCACGUCGGAUUUCCACCAGUACGAUACAGGCUUUGACUUGGACAGAGUUCGCACAGUGACAGUCACUCUAGGAGAUGAAAAAGGAAAAGUGCAUGAAAGUAUCAAACGCAGCAACUGCUAUAUGGUGUGUGCAGGCGAGAGCAUGAGCCCCGGGCAAGGACGCAACAACAACGGGCUAGAGAUCGGCUGUGUGGUAGACGCCGCCACGGGGCUGCUCACGUUCAUUGCCAACGGCAAGGAGCUGAGCACGUACUAUCAGGUGGAGCCAAGCACAAAGCUGUUUCCUGCAGUGUUCGCACAAGCUACGAGCCCCAAUGUGUUCCAGUUUGAACUGGGAAGAAUUAAGAACGUGAUGCCUCUCUCUGCGGGAUUGUUCAAGAGUGAGCACAAGAAUCCCGUGCCCCAGUGCCCACCGCGUCUCCAUGUGCAGUUCCUGUCACAUGUCCUGUGGAGCAGGAUGCCCAACCAGUUUUUGAAGGUGGACGUCUCACGGAUAAGCGAGCGCCAAGGCUGGCUGGUGCAGUGUCUGGAUCCUCUGCAGUUUAUGUCUCUCCACAUCCCCGAGGAGAACAGGUCUGUGGACAUACUGGAGCUGACGGAGCAGGAGGAGCUGCUGAAAUUUCACUACCACACUCUGCGGCUGUACUCUGCUGUCUGUGCUCUUGGGAACCACCGGGUGGCCCACGCCCUAUGCAGCCACGUGGACGAGCCUCAGCUGCUCUAUGCCAUCGAGAACAAGUACAUGCCUGGAUUGCUGCGCACAGGCUACUAUGACCUGCUGAUUGACAUUCACCUGAGCUCCUAUGCCACGGCCAGGCUCAUGAUGAACAACGAGUUCAUCGUCCCCAUGACUGAGGAGACGAAGAGCAUCACUCUCUUCCCUGACGAGAACAAAAAGCAUGGCCUCCCUGGGAUUGGCCUCAGCACUUCCCUCCGGCCCCGGAUGCAGUUCUCCUCCCCCAGUUUUGUGAGCAUUAGUAAUGAAUUUUACCAGUACAGUCCAGAGUUCCCGCUGGACAUUCUGAAGGCCAAAACCAUACAGAUGCUGACGGAAGCGGUUAAAGAGGGCAGCCUGCACGCUCGGGACCCCGUUGGGGGGACCACUGAAUUCCUCUUUGUACCUCUCAUCAAGCUGUUCUACACUCUGCUGAUCAUGGGCGUCUUUCACAACGAGGACCUGAAGCACAUCUUGCAGCUGAUUGAGCCCCGUGUGUUCAAGGAAGCUGUCACACCAGAGGAGGAGGGCCACACCCUGGAGAAAGAGCUCAGUGCAGAAGACUCGAAGCUGGAGGGAGCAGGUGACGAAGGGGGCAAGAGACCCCAGGAAGGCCUGCUCCAAAUGAAGCUGCCUGAGCCCGUCAAACUGCAGAUGUGCCUGUUGCUCCAGUACCUCUGUGACUGCCAGGUCCGGCACCGGAUAGAAGCCAUAGUAGCCUUUUCAGAUGACUUUGUGGCUAAGCUCCAAGAUAAUCAGCGUUUCCGAUAUAACGAAGUCAUGCAAGCCUUAAACAUGUCGGCUGCGCUCACAGCCAGGAAAACCAAGGAAUUUAGAUCACCACCUCAAGAGCAGAUCAAUAUGCUUCUCAAUUUUAAGGAUGACAAAAAUGAAUGUCCAUGUCCUGAAGAAAUUCGUGACCAACUAUUGGAUUUUCAUGAAGAUUUGAUGACACACUGUGGAAUUGAGCUGGAUGAAGAUGGGUCUCUGGAUGGAAACAGUGACUUAACCUUUAGAGGGCGUCUGCUGUCCCUGGUAGAAAAGGUGACAUACCUGAAGAAGAAGCAAGCAGAAAAGCCAGUGGAUAGUGACUCCAAGAAGUCCUCCACUCUUCAGCAGUUGAUAUCUGAGACAAUGGUUCGGUGGGCCCAGGAGUCAGUCAUUGAGGACCCUGAGCUGGUGAGGGCCAUGUUUGUGUUGCUGCAUCGUCAAUACGAUGGCAUAGGGGGUCUGGUCCGGGCACUGCCAAAGACUUACACCAUCAAUGGCGUCUCUGUGGAGGACACCAUCAAYCUGCUGGCAUCUCUCGGUCAGAUUCGUUCUCUGCUGAGUGUGCGAAUGGGCAAAGAGGAGGAGAAGCUUAUGAUUCGUGGGUUGGGGGAUAUCAUGAACAAUAAAGUGUUUUACCAGCACCCGAAUCUCAUGAGGGCCCUUGGGAUGCAUGAGACAGUGAUGGAGGUCAUGGUCAAUGUCCUCGGAGGUGGGGAAUCCAAGGAGAUUACCUUUCCCAAGAUGGUGGCCAACUGUUGUCGCUUUCUCUGUUAUUUCUGUCGAAUAAGUCGGCAGAAUCAAAAAGCCAUGUUUGAUCAUCUCAGUUAUUUACUGGAGAACAGCAGUGUUGGUCUUGCCUCACCGGCUAUGAGAGGUUCAACGCCACUGGACGUGGCAGCAGCCUCGGUGAUGGAUAACAAUGAGCUUGCCCUCGCUCUGCGGGAGCCAGAUCUGGAGAAGGUUGUGCGCUAUUUGGCUGGCUGUGGCCUGCAGAGCUGCCAGAUGCUGGUGACCAAGGGUUAUCCAGACAUCGGGUGGAAUCCAGUGGAGGGGGAGAGAUACCUUGACUUCCUCAGAUUUGCUGUCUUCUGUAAUGGGGAGAGUGUGGAAGAAAAUGCAAAUGUCGUGGUGAGAUUGCUCAUUAGGAGGCCUGAGUGCUUCGGUCCUGCUUUGAGAGGGGAAGGUGGGAAUGGUCUUCUUGCAGCCAUGGAAGAAGCCAUAAAAAUAGCUGAGGAUCCUUCCCGAGAUGGCCCCUCUCCAACAAGCGGAUCCAGCAAAACCCUUGACACAGAAGAGGAGGAAGAUGACACCAUCCACAUGGGGAACGCCAUCAUGACCUUUUAUGCAGCCUUGAUUGACCUCCUGGGGCGCUGUGCCCCUGAGAUGCAUUUGAUUCAUGCUGGUAAGGGAGAAGCCAUCAGAAUCAGGUCUAUUCUGAGAUCCCUGAUUCCCCUGGGAGACUUGGUGGGAGUCAUUAGCAUCGCUUUCCAGAUGCCGACAGUUGCCAAAGAUGGGAAUGUGGUGGAACCUGACAUGUCUGCGGGGUUUUGCCCAGAUCACAAGGCAGCCAUGGUUUUGUUCCUUGACAGGGUCUAUGGGAUUGAGGUGCAAGAUUUCCUCCUCCACCUUCUCGAGGUUGGCUUUCUGCCAGAUCUCCGGGCUGCUGCUUCUCUAGACACGGCUGCUCUGAGUGCAACAGACAUGGCCUUGGCCCUCAAUCGAUACCUUUGCACAGCUGUCUUGCCUUUGCUGACAAGGUGUGCUCCCCUCUUUGCUGGGACAGAGCACCAUGCGUCCCUCAUCGACUCAUUGCUGCAUACCGUGUAUAGGCUCUCUAAGGGCUGCUCGCUCACCAAAGCUCAGCGGGACUCCAUAGAAGUGUGCUUGCUCUCCAUCUGUGGCCAGUUGAGGCCUUCUAUGAUGCAGCACUUGCUGAGAAGAUUGGUAUUUGAUGUCCCCUUAUUAAACGAACAUGCAAAGAUGCCUCUCAAGCUGUUGACUAAUCACUACGAGAGAUGCUGGAAGUACUACUGCUUGCCUGGGGGCUGGGGCAGCUUUGGUGCUGCCUCCGAAGAGGAGCUUCACUUAUCAAGGAAGUUGUUCUGGGGCAUUUUUGAUGCCCUGUCUCAAAAGAAAUAUGAACAAGAACUUUUCAAGCUGGCACUGCCUUGCCUGAGUGCAGUCGCAGGAGCUUUACCUCCAGACUACAUGGAGUCAAACUAUGUCAGUAUGAUGGAAAAACAGUCAUCCAUGGAUUCUGAAGGGAACUUUAACCCACAACCUGUUGAUACCUCCAAUAUUACAAUUCCUGAGAAGUUGGAAUACUUCAUUAACAAAUACGCAGAGCAUUCCCAUGACAAAUGGUCAAUGGACAAGUUGGCAAAUGGAUGGAUUUAUGGAGAAAUAUAUUCGGAUUCUUCUAAGGUACAGCCAUUGAUGAAGCCAUAUAAACUCUUAUCUGAAAAGGAAAAAGAAAUUUAUCGAUGGCCAAUCAAAGAAUCCUUGAAGACUAUGUUGGCUUGGGGUUGGAGAAUUGAAAGGACCAGGGAGGGAGACAGCAUGGCCCUUUACAACCGGACCCGUCGCAUUUCUCAGACAAGCCAGGUUUCUGUAGAUGCUGCCCAUGGUUACAGCCCCCGAGCCAUCGACAUGAGCAAUGUUACACUGUCUAGAGACCUGCAUGCUAUGGCAGAAAUGAUGGCUGAAAACUACCAUAACAUAUGGGCAAAGAAGAAGAAAAUGGAGUUGGAGUCCAAAGGUGGUGGAAACCAUCCCCUGCUGGUGCCCUAUGAUACCCUGACAGCCAAGGAGAAAGCCAAGGAUCGAGAGAAGGCACAGGACAUCCUGAAGUUCCUGCAGAUCAAUGGCUAUGCUGUAUCCAGAGGGUUCAAGGACCUGGAACUGGACACACCUUCCAUUGAGAAACGAUUUGCUUACAGUUUCCUCCAGCAGCUUAUUCGCUAUGUGGACGAAGCCCAUCAGUAUAUUCUGGAGUUUGAUGGUGGCAGCAGAAGCAAAGGAGAACAUUUCCCUUAUGAACAAGAAAUCAAAUUCUUUGCCAAAGUCGUUCUUCCUUUAAUUGAUCAGUAUUUCAAAAACCACCGUUUAUACUUCUUAUCUGCAGCAAGUCGACCUCUCUGCUCCGGGGGACAUGCAUCAAACAAAGAGAAGGAGAUGGUGACUAGCCUAUUCUGCAAACUUGGAGUUCUUGUCAGGCAUAGGAUUUCACUAUUUGGAAAUGAUGCAACGUCUAUCGUCAACUGUCUCCAUAUUUUGGGUCAGACUUUGGAUGCAAGGACUGUGAUGAAGACCGGUCUAGAGGAUGUGAAGAGYGCGCUCAGGGCCUUCCUGGACAAUGCUGCGGAAGAUCUAGAGAAGACCAUGGAAAAUCUGAAGCAGGGCCAGUUCACCCACACCCGGAACCAGCCCAAAGGGGUUACACAGAUUAUCAAUUACACCACGGUGGCACUCUUGCCCAUGCUGUCGUCAUUAUUUGAACACAUUGGCCAGCAUCAAUUUGGAGAAGAUCUAAUAUUGGAAGAUGUGCAGGUGUCUUGUUAUAGAAUUCUAACUAGCUUAUAUGCUCUGGGAACCAGCAAGAGUAUUUAUGUGGAAAGGCAGCGUUCUGCCCUGGGAGAGUGCCUGGCGGCCUUCGCAGGUGCCUUUCCUGUUGCAUUUUUGGAAACACAUCUUGACAAGCACAACCCUUACUCCAUCUACAACACCAAGUCUUCCAGAGAGAGAGCAGCACUCAGUUUGCCAGCCAGUGUGGAAGACGUUUGUCCAAAUAUCCCAUCUCUGGAGAGACUCAUGGAAGAAAUCGUGGAGCUGGCCGAGUCUGGCAUCCGCUACACGCAGAUGCCCCACGUGAUGGAGGUGGUGCUGCCCAUGCUGUGCAGCUACAUGUCGCGCUGGUGGGAGCACGGGCCCGAGAGCAACCCGGAGAGGGCAGAGACCUGCUGCACAGCCCUGAGCUCAGAGCACAUGAACACGCUCCUGGGGAACAUCCUGAAGAUCAUCUAUAACAACCUGGGGAUUGACGAGGGGGCCUGGAUGAAGAGGUUAGCAGUGUUUUCCCAGCCGAUUAUCAAUAAAGUGAAACCUCAGCUCUUAAAAACUCAUUUCUUGCCACUGAUGGAGAAACUCAAGAAAAAGGCCGCCAUGGUGGUGUCUGAGGAAGACCACCUGAAAGCUGAGGCCAGAGGGGACAUGUCGGAGGCUGAGCUCCUCGUCCUAGACGAGUUCACCACACUGGCCAGAGACCUCUAUGCCUUCUACCCUCUCUUGAUUAGAUUUGUGGACUAUAACAGGGCCAAGUGGCUGAAGGAGCCCAACCCAGAAGCAGAGGAGCUUUUCCGCAUGGUGGCCGAAGUCUUCAUCUAUUGGUCGAAGUCCCAUAAUUUCAAGAGAGAGGAGCAGAACUUCGUUGUGCAGAAUGAAAUCAACAAUAUGUCGUUCCUCAUUGCUGACACCAAGUCAAAGAUGUCCAAGGCAGCUGUUUCUGACCAGGAAAGGAAGAAAAUGAAGCGCAAAGGAGACCGCUACUCUAUGCAGACUUCUCUGAUUGUAGCAGCUCUGAAACGGCUCCUGCCCAUUGGGUUGAACAUCUGUGCCCCUGGGGACCAGGAGCUCAUUGCUCUGGCCAAAAAUCGAUUUAGUCUGAAAGACACAGAGGAUGAAGUACGAGACAUAAUCCGCAAUAAUAUUCAUUUACAAGGCAAGUUAGAAGAUCCUGCUAUUAGAUGGCAAAUGGCUCUUUACAAAGACUUGCCAAACAGAGCAGAAGAUACCUCAGAUCCAGAGCGGACAGUGGAGAGAGUUCUGGAUAUAGCAAAUGUGCUUUUUCAUCUUGAGCAGAAAUCUAAAUGUGUUGGCCGGAGAUAUUACAGUCUGGGAAGUACAGUGGAGCAUCCUCAGAGAUCUAAAAAGGCCGUGUGGCACAAACUACUCUCCAAGCAGAGGAAAAGGGCAGUGGUGGCCUGCUUUAGGAUGGCUCCCUUGUAUAAUCUGCCAAGGCAUCGUGCUGUCAAUCUCUUUCUUCAGGGAUAUGAAAAAUCUUGGAUUGAAACAGAAGAACAUUACUUUGAAGAUAAGCUGAUUGAAGAUUUAGCAAAACCUGGGGCUGAACCUCCAGAAGAAGAUGAUGUCGCUAAGAGAGUUGAUCCUCUGCAUCAGUUGAUCCUUCUGUUCAGUCGCACGGCUUUAACAGAGAAAUGCAAACUGGAGGAAGAUUAUUUAUAUAUGGCUUAUGCAGAUAUUAUGGCAAAGAGUUGUCAUGAUGAGGAAGAUGAUGAUGGUGAAGAAGAAGUGAAGAGUUUCGAAGUCACAGGAUCCCAACGCAGCAAGGAAAAGGAGAUGGAAAAGCAGAAGCUUCUCUACCAGCAAGCCAGGCUGCAUGACCGGGGGGCCGCGGAGAUGGUGCUGCAGACCAUCAGUGCCAGCAAAGGUGAAACUGGACCCAUGGUGGCUGCUACUUUGAAACUUGGAAUUGCUAUUUUAAACGGUGGGAAUUCUACAGUACAACAGAAGAUGCUCGACUACCUCAGGGAGAAGAAGGACGUGGGCUUCUUCCAGAGCCUGGCGGGCCUGAUGCAGUCCUGCAGUGUCCUUGACCUGAAUGCUUUUGAGCGACAAAACAAAGCUGAAGGACUUGGAAUGGUGACAGAGGAAGGAUCAGGAGAAAAGGUUCUGCAGGAUGACGAGUUCACCUGUGACCUCUUCCGGUUCCUGCAGCUGCUUUGUGAGGGGCACAGCUCAGAUUUUCAAAAUUAUCUGAGAACUCAGACUGGCAACAAUACAACUGUCAACAUCAUCAUCUCUACUGUGGACUACCUGCUGAGGGUUCAGGAAUCAAUUAGUGAUUUCUAUUGGUAUUACUCCGGGAAAGAUGUUAUUGACGAACAAGGACAACGGAACUUCUCCAAAGCUAUUCAAGUCGCAAAACAAGUGUUUAAUACUCUUACAGAAUAUAUCCAGGGUCCUUGUACCGGGAACCAGCAGAGCCUGGCACACAGCAGGCUGUGGGACGCAGUGGUGGGUUUCCUGCACGUGUUUGCCCACAUGCAGAUGAAGUUAUCUCAGGAUUCCAGUCAAAUUGAGCUACUGAAGGAAUUAAUGGAUCUUCAGAAGGAUAUGGUGGUCAUGUUGCUGUCCAUGUUGGAAGGUAAUGUGGUGAAUGGGACCAUCGGCAAGCAGAUGGUGGACAUGCUGGUGGAAUCUUCCAACAACGUGGAGAUGAUUCUCAAGUUUUUCGACAUGUUUCUCAAACUGAAGGACUUGACAUCCUCGGACACAUUUAAGGAGUAUGACCCUGAUGGUAAAGGUGUCAUUUCCAAGAGGGACUUCCACAAAGCUAUGGAGAGCCACAAGCACUACACCCAGUCGGAAACAGAGUUUCUUCUGUCUUGUGCAGAGACUGAUGAAAACGAGACGCUGGAUUACGAGGAGUUUGUCAAACGGUUCCACGAGCCGGCCAAGGACAUUGGCUUCAAUGUCGCCGUCCUCCUGACCAACCUCUCCGAGCACAUGCCCAACGACACUCGGCUGCAGACCUUCCUGGAGCUGGCAGAAAGCGUGCUCAACUACUUCCAGCCCUUCCUGGGCCGCAUCGAGAUCAUGGGUAGUGCCAAGCGCAUCGAGAGGGUGUACUUCGAGAUCAGCGAGUCGAGCCGCACCCAGUGGGAGAAGCCGCAGGUCAAGGAGUCCAAGAGGCAGUUCAUUUUCGACGUGGUCAACGAGGGAGGGGAAAAGGAGAAGAUGGAGCUGUUCGUCAACUUCUGUGAGGACACCAUCUUCGAGAUGCAGCUGGCAGCCCAGAUCUCCGAGUCGGACCUGAAUGAGCGCUCAGCCAAUAAGGAGGACAGUGAGAAGGACAGGCCAGAGGAGCAGGGCCCCCGAAUGGGCUUCUUUUCCAUCCUGACGGUCAGGUCGGCCCUGUUGGCGCUCAGAUACAAUGUGCUGAGCCUGAUGCGCAUGCUCAGUCUCAAGAGCCUCAAGAAGCAGAUGAAGAAGGUGAAGAAGAUGACGGUGAGGGACAUGGUCACGGCUUUCUUCUCCUCCUACUGCAGUGUCUUCCUGACACUGCUGCACUUCGUGGCCAGCGUCUGCAGAGGCUUCUUCCGCAUCGUCUGUAGCCUGCUGCUCGGAGGAAGCCUCGUGGAAGGGGCCAAAAAAAUCAAAGUCGCAGAGCUUCUGGCCAACAUGCCGGACCCUACUCAGGACGAGGUGCGAGGAGACGGAGAGGAGGGGGAGAGGAAGCCCCUGGAGGCCGCCCUGCCCUCUGAGGAUCUGACAGACUUGAAGGAGCUGACGGAGGAAAGCGACCUUCUCUCAGACAUCUUUGGCCUGGAUCUGAAGCGAGAAGGAGGGCAGUACAAGCUCAUUCCCCACAACCCCAAUGCCGGCCUCGGCGACCUGUUGAGCAGCCCCGUCCCCCUCCCUGAGAUGCAAGAGAAGUUUCAGGAACAGAAGGCAAAAGAAGAAGAAAAGGAAGAGAAGGAAGAGACCAAAUCCGAACCUGAAAAGGCCGAGGGAGAAGAUGGAGAGAAAGAGGAGAAAACCAAAGAAGAAAAGGGCAAACAGAAGCUCAGGCAGCUUCACACACAUAGAUACGGAGAACCCGAAGUUCCUGAGUCAGCAUUCUGGAAGAAGAUCAUAGCCUAUCAACAGAAGCUUCUAAACUAUUUUGCACGCAACUUCUACAACAUGAGAAUGCUGGCCUUGUUUGUCGCGUUUGCCAUCAAUUUCAUCUUGCUCUUUUACAAGGUCUCCACUUCCUCUGUGGCUGAAGGGAAGGAGCUGCCCACUCGAAGCUCCAGUGAAAAUGCAAAAGUCACCACCAGCCUGGACAGCAGCUCACACAGGAUCACCGCAGUCCAUUACGUGCUGGAGGAGAGCAGCGGCUACAUGGAGCCCACGCUGCGCAUCCUCGCCAUUCUCCACACGGUCAUCUCUUUCUUCUGUAUCAUUGGAUAUUACUGCCUGAAGGUCCCAUUAGUUAUUUUUAAACGAGAAAAGGAAGUAGCACGAAAAUUGGAAUUUGAUGGGCUUUAUAUUACAGAGCAGCCUUCAGAAGAUGAUAUUAAAGGCCAGUGGGAUAGACUUGUAAUCAACACACAGUCAUUUCCCAACAACUACUGGGAUAAAUUUGUUAAAAGAAAGGUUAUGGAUAAAUAUGGCGAGUUCUAUGGUCGAGACAGGAUCAGCGAGUUACUAGGAAUGGACAAGGCUGCAUUGGACUUCAGUGAUGCCAGAGAGAAGAAGAAGCCAAAAAAAGACAGCUCCUUGUCAGCCGUACUGAAUUCCAUCGAUGUGAAGUAUCAGAUGUGGAAAUUGGGAGUUGUUUUUACUGACAACUCCUUCCUCUACCUAGCCUGGUAUAUGACCAUGUCYGUUCUUGGACACUAUAACAACUUUUUUUUUGCUGCUCAUCUUCUUGACAUUGCUAUGGGAUUCAAGACCUUAAGAACCAUCUUGUCAUCAGUAACUCACAAUGGCAAACAGCUGGUAUUAACUGUGGGAUUAUUGGCUGUUGUCGUAUACCUAUAUACUGUGGUGGCAUUCAAUUUUUUCCGAAAAUUCUACAAUAAGAGUGAAGAUGGUGAUACACCAGAUAUGAAAUGUGACGAUAUGCUAACGUGCUACAUGUUCCACAUGUAUGUGGGGGUCCGUGCUGGAGGGGGCAUUGGAGAUGAGAUUGAAGACCCAGCAGGAGACGAGUAUGAGAUCUACCGCAUCAUCUUCGACAUCACCUUCUUCUUCUUCGUGAUCGUCAUCCUCCUGGCUAUCAUACAAGGUUUAAUUAUUGAUGCUUUUGGGGAACUGAGAGACCAACAGGAGCAAGUCAAGGAAGACAUGGAGACCAAGUGCUUCAUCUGUGGAAUAGGCAAUGACUACUUUGACACAGUGCCACAUGGCUUUGAAACCCACACUUUGCAGGAGCACAACUUGGCCAACUACCUGUUUUUUCUGAUGUAUCUCAUAAACAAAGAUGAAACCGAACACACGGGACAGGAAUCUUACGUCUGGAAGAUGUAUCAAGAGAGGUGCUGGGAAUUUUUCCCAGCAGGGGAUUGCUUCCGGAAACAGUAUGAAGACCAACUAAAUUAAAAUCGCCACUGAAAACAGAAGGCCCCCUCCCUCUCUGUGCCUCCCUGUCCACCUGCCCACCCUCUCUGACCUCCUCUCUGUCUCUGUCCUCUUGGAAAGAGCGUGCAGAUUUUGUGAAUGGCCAGUGUUCUGUGCUUUCUGGGAGCAUCAGAGCUCUGUCUCUAAGGACCUAUUUUCCCCCCACCUUGUGUAUUUUGUUUGAGAAAUAAAGACUGAAGAAGAAUCUAAAUUCAUACCCAGAUAAAACGGGAACUCUGGGAAGAAGAUCAUUGCAGACACUCUCUACCAUACCAUGCAGGCAGUUUCUUCUGAGGGUCCUGGACACCUCCUGAGCCAUGGGACCUUCACAGUGGAGCGUGGCAGCCACAGUCACCGGCCUCUUUAUUUCACCAUCUGAAAGGGAACUGUCUGAGRGUCACAGCACUGUAGCACUUAGCCGAUUGCCGUGGACACCAGUUGUGAAGGGAAACCGUGCCUUAUUCUAUGUGGGUUGAGCUAUGCAGAAGAUGUGCAUGAAAAGCAUCUUUCUUUUCUUUACAUCCACCUUUUUUUCCUUAGUUAGAUUGAUUUCAUGAGUUUUUUUUUUCUCUUCAUUUUUUUUUUCUCUGGUGGGGGAGGGUUAGAA